UUUAUUUUGUUAAACAUUAACCAUUGAGUAGGCAGCAUACCUGUCGUAGCCUUAUCUUAACAACAGUCUUCAAGAAUGGCAGACGGACGGGCAGCCAUGUUGUUUUUGGUAGUAGUGCAUCUUGUGAUAGCCCUAGGGGGUGGGGAAGAGGUGUAUUCAGCCCCCGGGGGUGACGGGAUGACUGACCUAACGUGUUCGGACGACAUUGGGAAUAAGUUUAAGGAUGGAGACACCGUGUGGCUUGACUUUGGGUCCAGAAAGUGCGUGUGCGCGAAAGGCAUUUUGAGGGACUGUGUUGCUGCCUAUGACUGUCCCACCCUACCGGACGACUGUGUUGAUCUCCAGCAAGUUGCCGACUAUGCCUGUAACCAAGGAAAGAUGUGCAUGGAGCGGGGCUGUAAGGUACCCGGUACUGGGCAGAUCAUACGGAUAGGGCAACAAUCUGGAGGCUGCACGUGUGUAGAGGGCGGUCAGCUGGAUUGUCAGCGUCAGCCGGUGUACCCGUAUCCGAGGCCUGUACAACCAGCACCUGUAUAUCCAGCACCUGUACAACCAGCACCUGUACAACCAGCACCUGUAUAUCCAGCACCUGUACAACCAGCACCUGUACAACCAGCACCUGUACAACCAGUGCCUGCACAACCGGCUUGCGGGCCUUUUGGAAGUUGUAAGCUGUGCACCACGGACGCCCAGUGCGCUCGGUAUGAGUACUGCGCCUAUUCCAGCUUCUCCUCGGGCCAGUGUAUGGGCCAGGACUGUUACAGUGACCUUGACUGUGAGGGCGGACGUUGUAAUGGCGGUAUGACGAGGCCGCGGAUGCGCGGAUGGUGCUCACUUCCUCCCGGCGGGGCGGCCUUCGCGGCGGCGCCUGUGGCCUAUGCGGCACCUGGGCAGCUGGUUCAAGGUCUGCCGCCUCCUCCACGACCCUACUAUCCGUGACAGGAAACAGGACGCGUCCGAAAAUAGUGCAACCGUCAACGCCGGCAAUUCCUGCCCACUGUUCUCUGUCCGAACGGCCUGGCUGUUCAGAAGUUCGCCUUGCCCGACGGCAGCCUGUGUUUCUACCUCCCACCGGCCACCCUGUCCGUGUCCAGCCCGCUCCAGACCGGGCCUGACGCCUGUCCGGCCGUGGCGCACUGGCUGACCCUGGACUGGUGCGGCGACAUGCGGCGCCAGUGCUACUGCUGUGACGAGGCCACCACUGCAGACGAGUGCCUCUUCUGUUACGAUAAUGACUGCGUCCCAACUGCUUAGAGAACUGGGAAUCUUCAAAAAUAUCCCUAAUAAAAUACACUCAUUUCACUGG